AUGAAUUAAGAUGAUAGAAAUUAAUGUUUUUAUUGUAUCAAUAAGAGUUUUGAGUACUUUGUCAAAAAAGUGAAUAGAGAGUUAAAAUCAGCAAUAUGCUCAAAUUGUUAUGAUAAAGUAACUAAUAUGAAAGAUGAGUAUAUUAAGAGGGAGAAGUUUAGAGAUUAUCAAAAUGAACAAUUAAAAAAGGCUUAACCAAUUAUAUAUGAAAUAUGUAAAAAAGAUAACGAUAUUGAUUAUGAUCAAAUAUUAAAAAAGGAAUCGAGUUAUUAGUUAAAAAAUUGUAAGGAGAAAUUUAAUGAAAUUUAGAAGAUAUUAAUAGAAGUAGAAUAAGGAAUUUCAGAAUCAAUAUCUAGAUUAUUAUUUUUAGUUCAAGAAUUUUAAGAAGGAUAAUAUAAUGAUUUAUUGAUCACUAUUACUUUAGGAAAAUCUAUGAAUUUUUUGGAAAAAUUAGAUGCUGAUAAAUUUAGAAUUGAGUAAGAUAAAUAUUUUGAAUAAGAGUUUUUUAAUUAUUGUCGAAAAUUAUUAUCAUCAUCAGUAUAAAAUGGAAUAACUACUGAAAUUGUUGAAAAAAUAAAAAAUUGUAUUGACUUUCCAAAUUUCUUAAAAAUUAUUGGUGAUAAAUUUAAUAAUCCAGAAAAUAAAAAUAAGGAUGUAAAAUAAAAUUAUUAUGGAUUUCUUGAUAAUAAAUAAUUAAAAAAAACUGGACUUGGAUGUUGGAAUUAAAAGAAUUUAUUAUAUUAUGGUAUAUUUUAUUAGGAUGAUUUUCUUUGGGGUAUCAAAGUUAUACUUGAUUCAAACACUUAAUUCUCAUUGUAUAAAGGUUUCUUCUCAAAAAUAAAUGAGGAAUUCUUAAUUAAUGGAAUUGGAGAAAUGUUUUCAUUUGAUGAGAAUUAGACAUAGCAUGAAUAUAUAGGGAAAUUCUAUAAUGAAAAGAGAUAAGGAGAAGGCACAUAUAUUUGGAAGCCUAACGACCAUAAGGAAAACAAAUAUACAGGAACCUGGCAAAAUAAUGUAUUUCAUGGUUAGGGUUCUCUCCAUUUAUCAGAUUAAAAUAUUAUUAUUCAAGGAUCCUUUAAUUAUGGAGUUCCAAUAUUUGAAAAUUGUUAAAUAACAGGCAAAAAUAUUCCUCAAUAAGAUUUCCUUAAUUAUGUAAAAUAAAGUUAGAAACAAACAGAGGAAAACUUAAUUCCUAAAUAAUAGUUUGUGCCUCCAAAUAACUUUGGGACCCUAUAACCAUAAAAGUAAUCAGCAAAUUUUUAACCAUUUAACUAAAACAGUUUAGCUCCUCCUUUUGCUUUUUAAUAAUAACAAUCAAAACAGCCAAAUUAAGUGAAUAAUCAAACUCCACCACAAAUACAGGGUAAAUUCUAGUUCCAAAAUUAGUCACCAAUUCAAUCACCUUUUAAUUAAUUACGAUUAAAUAGCAAACCAUGAU